AUGUCAACUUCUCCCCCCUCACCUCCGCACGUCGUGGAGGACUUCUACGGCGUCGUCCAGAUCCUCAGCGACGGUACCGUCGUCCGAGGGGACGAGGAAGCCCUCCAGCCACAGGCGACGUACCCUGACGUCCCAGGCGUGGAGUGGAAGGACGUCGUGUACCACGCGGCGCACGGCCUUCGCGCCCGCGUCUACAGGCCGUCCUCGUCGCUCGGCAAGCUCCCGGUGCUCGUGUACUUCCACGGCGGAGGCUACUGCCUCGGCUCCUUCGCGCAGCCCAUGUUCCACACGUUCUGCCUCCGCGCCGCCGCCGAGCUCCCGGCCCUCGUGCUGUCCGUCCAGUACCGCCUCGCCCCCGAGCACCGCCAGCCUCGGCCCUAUCACCGCCUCCCCGCGGCCAUCGAGGACGGCGCGGAUUUCCUCUCCUGGCUGCGCGGCCAGGCCGAGCUCGCCGCCACCGGCGGCGCCGACCCUUGGCCCGCGGAGUCGGCCGACUUCCCACGGACGUUCAUCUCCGGCGUAUCAGCCAGCGCCAACCUGGCACACCACGUCACCGUCCAGCUCGCGUCCGCGGAGCUCGCGGUCAGCCCGGUAUGCGUCGUCGGGUACGUCCUCCUCUUCGCGUUCUUUGGCAGCGCCGAGCGCACGGCGGCGGAGACCGAACCGCCGGCGGACGUGUCCCUCACGGUCGACAUGUCCGACCAGCUCUGGCACAUGUCGCUGCCGGUGGGGGCGAGCAGGGACCACCCGGUGGCCAACCCCGGAUACCACCCGGUGGCCAACCCGUUCGGCCCGGACAGCCCCAGCCUCACGGCGGUGGAUCUCCCGCCGGCGCUUGUGGUGGUGCCGGGGAGCGACGUGCUCCGCGACCACGUGCGCGGGUGCGCGGCGAGGCUGAAGGACAUGGGGAAGACUGUGGAGGUCGUCGAGUUCGCGGGAGAGCAGCACGGUUUCUCUGUGCUCCAGCCGUUCGGCGAGGCGGCCGACGAGUUGAUGCGAGUACUCAGGCGGUUUGUGUACGCAGGUCACAGCGCCUGAGCG